AUGUCAGGCAACAAUAUUAAAGUAGUUUGUCGUUUUCGACCUCAAAAUAAAAUGGAAAUAAGAGAGGGUGGUGUACCUAUUAUUGAAAUAUCUGAGGACGGAACUGGUGUCUCUCUCAAGGGAAAAGACACAAAUUCAUUUUCAUUUGAUAAAUGCUUUGGAUCAAAUACAGGACAAAAAGAAGUAUUUGAAUAUUCAAUCAAAUCCAUUGUGGAUGAUGUGGUUGCUGGUUACAACGGUACCGUAUUUGCUUAUGGUCAAACAGGUUCCGGUAAAACCUUCACAAUGAUGGGUUCUAGCAUCGAUGAUCAAGAAAAUAAGGGUAUCAUUCCCCGUAUCAUCGAACAGAUCUUUGAAAGUAUUCAGAUGGCUCCAGUCAACAUGGAAUUCACUGUGAAAGUCGCUUAUAUGGAAAUUUAUAUGGAAAAAGUAAGAGAUCUUUUAGUUCCUGCAAAUGAUAACUUGGCUAUUCAUGAAGAUAAAGUCAAGGGUGUUUAUGUUAAAGGAAUUAAAGAAGUGUAUGUAUCUGACACAGACCAAGUCUAUGAAGUCAUGAGAAUUGGUGGUGAUAAUCGUGUUGUUGCAUCCACUAACAUGAAUGCGGAGAGUUCAAGAAGUCAUUCUAUUGUACUCGUCACAAUCACACAAAAGAAUUUAGACACAGGUGCUGCAAAGAGUGGUAAAUUAUACUUGGUCGAUUUAGCAGGUUCUGAAAAAGUUGGCAAAACCGGUGCCUCCGGUCAAACAUUGGAGGAAGCCAAAAAAAUUAAUAAAUCUCUUACUGCUUUGGGUAUGGUCAUUAAUUCAUUGACAGAUGGAAAGUCAAGUCAUGUUCCUUACAGAGAUUCAAAAUUGACCCGUAUCUUGCAAGAAUCUUUGGGUGGUAACUCACGUACUACACUCAUCAUCAAUUCUUCUCCUUCCUCUUACAAUGAAGCCGAAUCCAUCUCCACCUUACGUUUCGGUGCUCGUGCAAAGACCAUCAAGAAUAAGGCCAAGGUCAAUGCUGAUUUAUCACCUGCUGAACUUAAAGCCUUAUUGAAACGUGUGAAAGGCGAUGCCGUUUCAUUCAAGGCGUAUAUUGCUGCUCUCGAAAACGAAAUCAGUUUAUGGCGAGCUGGUAAGAAAGUACCCGAAUCCGGUUGGGCAUCAGCCAACGGAAAAACAAAACCCGCUUCACCGUCCGCAUCCUCCUCAGCAGCAGCAACGGUUGAUGCCCCCAUCACACCUCCUCCCACUCCCGCUCCCGCAUUUAAACUUUCUACCGACGAUGAUGCAUCUAGACCUUCAACACCUGCCAUGGUGCUCGGAAAAGAUGAAAAGGACGAGUUUUUGAAACGCGAACAAGAUUUAUUGGAUCAAAUCGCUGAACAAGUCGCUGAAUUAGCCAACCGUGAAAAACAAGUCAACGAGAUUCAAGAAAUGUUGGCAGAGUUAAAGGAUAAUGAAAAGAUAUCUGGUAACAAUAACAAGUCAUUAUCAUCCGAACUAAGUGAGGCCCAAGUUCAGUUAGAAAAGGAAUCUUAUGAAAAGAAAGAAGGUGAAAUCAAUAUUGAUUCUCUUAAGGAAGCCAAUUUGGAAUAUACGGCGGAAUUAGAUGAGCUGAAGGCUACAUUAGCUGGAUUAGAAGCGGCUGAAUUGAAAAAUGCAGAGCAUAUCAAGGCCGCUGAAGUGGCUGUGGAAGAUGCUCAAGAGAAAAAACAAGGUAUCGAACAUGAAUUAAAUGUUCAAGAUAUCACACCAGAAGCCAUCCGAAAGUUGCGUCAAGACUUACAGGUCACAAAAGCAGCCAUUGAACAACACAAAGUCACCAUUGACAAUCUUGAACAAGAAAGAGAUUCGCUGAUUAUCAAACGGGAUGAUCUCGAGAUCCGCUUUAGUAAUUUGGAGGUAGACUAUGAGGAACUUUUAGAUAAAACAAUCGCUAUGGAAGAGUUGGAUGUAAAGCAAACCACAGAUAUCGCUGCUUCUAUUGCCGAACUCAAGACAAAAUUAGAAAGCCAGUUUAUUAUCAAGCGUCAAGUUCAAGAGAAAGAAAUCGAGUCCCUUAAAUCUGAUAUGGAAAAGAAGACAAAGGAGGAAAACAGGCUGAUGAGUGUCAUGAAAGAGGUCCAAGAGACUCAUGAUAAGCUCUUGAAAAUGAAGUCAGAGCCUGUUAUUAUAAAUACAAAAGAUACUGUAGAACAGAAAGAAAAGGAGUUAGAAAAGAUGCGCAAGACAAUGGCUCAGGAAUUGGCAGAUUUCGAAACAAUGAAGAAAGUGUUAAUGCGGGAUCUUCAAAGCCGCUGUGAGAAGGAAGUGGAGUUGGAGGUCGCAUUAGAUGAAACGAGACUACAAAAGAACAAUGUGUUGAAGGCUACAAACAAUAAAGCACAACAAAAGAAAAUGUCGCUCUUGGAAAGAAAUUUGGAUCAAUUGACCAAUGUACAAAAACAAGUAAGUACUUCCUUUUUUUUCAUAUAUAUAUAUAUACAUAUUCGUUUUUUUUUUUUUUUAUGUUUGUAUCUUUAUAAAAAAUAG